UCGACUCCAACACGUGCGCCGAGGCGGUUCGUAAAAAUUAAAAAUAUUCGCUAUGAACAACGGAGGAGGACAAUCCAGCGGCUGGAACCACUCGCGGCACCACUUCUAUGGGAAUGGUCAGCAGAGACGCAGCGGCGGCGACGCCAGAGGCGGUCCCCAGACUCCCAACCAUCAAUCCAAUGGCAAUUGGACCGAUCGAGGACACACAGGUGGCGGUCAGGUGCAAAGGAAUCACAAUAAUAGCAAUGGCAAUGUACCGGGUGGCGUCGGCGGCGGGCGGGGCAGGGAGGAGUCCUUCAACAAAUUCCGAGAUCAUCAGCAGCAGCCAGAGAUUCAGCAGCAGCAGCAACGGAAUAAGGGAGGCGGCAGAGGAAGGGGUCGCGGCGGAGGCGGAGGUGGUGGUGGUGGUGGUGGACGAAGUAGACGGAGCCGCGGUCGUGGACGCAACAACUCCUGGCAAGGCAAAGAUCGAAGCAAGAGCCCCACACGCAGUCACAUGUUGUACUACGACAACGUGGGUGACUUCACCGAGGAUCCUCAAGCUGCUGCUCCCCCUCCGGUUGCCACAUCGCCUGCUCCACCCUCGCACAGGCAGGAGAGCCUUCCACCUGCCAAUGUUGCCUUCAACAACACCAUAGCGCCGCCCACAGAGGCAACUCGUCCUGUAGUGGAAGAGAAGCCACCCCAGCUGCCGCUGAUCAACAUCAAAAAGGAGACGGAUCUGUUGAUGAAGCCCAAGGUAGAACCGGUAGCCGUUGCCAAGUCGGAACCCAAGGUAGUGAAAAGGGACGAAAGCUCAUCGAGUUCCUCCUCCUCGGAGGAAGAGGAAUCCGAACCGGAGCCUGGUGAAGCCGUAAAAGGCACCAGCAAACCCGCAACUGUGGCAGCUAUAUCACCCAAACCGAAGGCCAGCAAACCAACUGUGGCAGCUGUGAAGCCACCACCGGGCUCAUCCUCUGAGUCUUCGUCUUCAUCUUCAGAUUCCGAUGACGAUGAGAGUCCGACGCCAGCUAAGACAAAAAUGGCAUCCAAGGAAAAGGUGCAGGCAGCUGGUGGUAACAAGUCUACCUCCAGGAAACUGAAGAAAGCACCCUCUGAGGAGGAUGUGGUAUGCAUGGGUUCUCAAGAACGCCAGUUCACAAUUACGGACGAAGAGGAAGACGAGGAGAGCAGCGAUGCUGAAGACAAAAAGGAAAGGAAGGCCGGAAAAAGCAAAACGAAAAACAAAGCCCUUGAUGUGUGCGGCCUCUGCGAUAAGAAGGGACACACCUCCUUUAAUUGCCAAAUGAUCUGUCGGAAUUGCUCCGGCCGGUAUCACAGCCUCAAAAGCUGUCCCAGUCCGCCCAACCUGAACAUUGCCAUGCAAGCCUUUAUGGAGUUUAUCAUGCAGCAGAUGUCCUCUUUUACCGGUGAUCAGCAGCGCUUCGCCUUCCCCGCUGCUGUUCCAGGAUCUGCAGCUGCAUCUCCCGUUCCAGUUACUCCAGUAAAGGCCAAAAAGGACAAAAAGAUGGGAAAUACCAAGAAGAUAGCUGCCAAAAAGACGCCGCAAAAGCGCAUGAAGGUGGAACCAAAGGAUGAAGACGAGGACGAUGAUGAUGAUGAUGAUGACGAAGAUGAGGCAACGGAGGCAAGCAGCGAAAGCGAAGAAGAGUCGGAAUCCAGUGACGAGCAGCCAGCAGCACCUCCGAAACGAAAGCGUGUCUCAAAAAGCACAACAGCUGCUGCCAGUCUGCCUCCGCAAGUGUUUCCGUUUUCCCUACUCGGCGCUCCAGGUGCUCCCUAUAACUCCAUGAUGUACCCUUAUGGGGCGCCGUUCAGUUUUCCUAAAUAAUAUAAUACAUACUAGGUUAAGCUAUAGACCACACAAAAAAUGCAUUUAAAAUCUUAAAAUGCCUGAUUCUUACAAUGACUUUAUCUUCAGGAAAAUAAGUACAUCUCUCUAUGAGUUUAAAACAUUU